UAAUUUCUUCGAACUGGCAUUACUCCAAACUCAUCUCAAUCGUAAACAACGCAGAACUUUUCAGCACCACAGUUUUACCAUACGUUAGCAAAGACGUGUCUCGCGCCACACGUGUAAUAUUGCGACGAUGGACAGCAAUCAGGAGUGUGAGAAUUUUUCCGAUACAUUAGGACGGGAUUAUUUCGAUUUCUAUGAGUACACCGAUCGUCUAUUUUACGAAUAUAAACACCGAGAGCCAUCGAUCGAUUCGUGCAGUGAUAAAUCAAGCAUUGGAUCAACAGUGGAAAGCGGUAGCAACUAUCUAGUGGAAGAUGCGCGAAAGUCCAAUCUUGACACUUCCAAACAACCGCGUGAAAUACAACGUAAAAAAAAUGACAAGCGAGGCAAGGCACGCAGGAUGCAGCAGUUCCGCAAGUGGUUACUGCCGAAGAAUGCGAUCUCAACACUGAACGAACUGCGGGCUCCAACCAUACCCGAUAUGGCCGUCUAUCCGUGCGGUCCAAAAAUGAAGGCGGAAGUUGUGGUCGACAACGUCAAGUACGAGGCAAUCGAGCGGAACAAGAACCUAGCAAAGGCAACAGCUUCCGAGCGAGCGUUGCGCGGUCUGGUCGUUGAACAGGUUGCCAAGCAAAACGAACACACUAACUUGGAGAGCCUGCCGAUCGAGCGUGUGGCACCGUUUGCUAUCCAUAAACUUUUCACCGAAUGGGAAGUGCCAGGAUUCAAUGCAGGAAGAGCACAGGAAAUGGCAAACAUGAAGCAAUUGAAACCGGAAGCAGCGGCAACGGUUGAUCAGCGGAUCAAUAUGAAAAUGCCUAAAGUAACCAAAACCGUUUCCGAUCUGCCACCGAACGCAGCCGAAUACAAUCCGGGUAUGCUGUUUUCCUACAUGCGGCCACAAGUUACGUACGAAAAUCUUGGACUAAGUGGCGAUCCGACCAAGAUGGAGUAUAUAGCAGGAAUUCGAACGGACGGUUACUAUUUCUUCGGUAGUGGCAGGUCACGGAAACUAGCCCGAAAGGCAGCUGCUAUGGAAGCGUUGUCGAAACUGUUUGGAAUAGUGUAUAAAGGGAGUGGUGAACGGUCAACGCCGGAAAAUUACUACAAACUUGACAUAUUGUGAAAUCGUUUUUAAAACGUAACGUUUUUUGCCAUUGUUCUUUUUAGCGCUCCUUGAAAACCAAUCGGCUAGUGAGAGCAUUGAAUCAAUUUGAAUAAUCCUUACUUUUCCACAUGUAAAUUUUCACUACUCUAUUGGUAAGCAAGGCAAUAUAGCUAAGCUAUGUGCCUGAAUAAAAUUAACACCCGGUAAGAGGACAACA